AUGACCAGCAUUGCAGACGAUGAAGUAAAUGAAACGGCUCCUGGAACAGUGCAAGGUCCGGAGGCUGAUCGCGCUUGGCAGCUGCAGGUUUGCACCAAGUGUCUGAAGAAAAAACCAGGGACUGGGGCCUCGCAAGCUUCAAGGUCGAGCUCCACGUCCAAUGCCUUCUGGAACCCUUACAAUCACCCGAGUGAGACAAGCAGCCGAUCCAGCUGUGAUGGGGAGGAGUCGAAUCAUCCCGGGUCCAAGGAGGAAGGGAGAGCGCGCGACGAUGAAAUCGAAGUGUUGCCUCCACCCGGUGGAUUCCUUUGUCCAGAUGAUGGCUACUUCGAAAGGCGAUCGGACGACAGCGAUUCGGAAGCUGAGGACCAGGAGCAGCCGGCGCAGAGAGAACCGCAGGUGAACCUAUAUCCUGCUGAGCUCAAUGAGCCCGGUCGUGUGCAGCCCGUGGUCGUGGGGCCAUGCAAGGCAGGAUACGCAGGAGGGGCGCCUGCAGCGCCUGCGGUCGAGGAGAAGGCACCGGCCAUACCAUGUACUCCUGGCCGGGUAUUUGACAUGUCCAGGGAGAAGAAAGCAAGCUUUGACACUCUUGGGAGCUUGAGGGAUCUUCAGCUGGCACAGGGAGGAGACUCGAAUUUGAUCGUGGAGCCCGCGGGCUGCCUGAAGCAAUGCAAGCAUGGGCCGAAUGUGAGGGCAGUGAGCCCCGACAACGAGCUCGUCGGCCUUGCAGUGACCGGAAUGUUACCAGAUGAAGUCGAGGCUCGAUGCUUUCGGCACGUGAACGACACCGCUGCGGCACAGCGAGUUUUCAACUCCGUCCGCCAGGCCUUGAUGCUGAAAUCAGGCGGCUCGUCCAGCCCGGAUCGCGACAAAGGAGCGCAGCCGAAGCUGGAUGCGACCAUGGGCCCCAUGGGGAGCUCCACCAAGGAGAAGCAGAGAAGAGGCCGAGUCCGAAAGUCGCUGGAGAAUCGACUGACCAACAUCCUGGAGGGCUUACCGGUUCGAUUUUCUGGCGAAGCCGGCUUGGAAUGCCAGCCAGCCUGGCGCCGGGGCCCAAGAGAAGCCAUUUCGCUUGCCCUUCGCGCUGUGGCUGCGGGAGGUGACAUGUUCUUGCAGCUUCCGAGCUUGCUGACCCGCUUCACUGCGGGGGUGGUCGCUCUGCUGUCUGUCAACUUCCGCUGGGUUGCGCUUGCGCACGAGACGGUUGCGGGCAGCAAAGGCCCAUCUCUUGCGGCUUUGAUGUCUGUAGGCUCCAAGAAGCAGAACGCUUCUCGAUGCUUCCUAGAUAAGUCCAAGCUGCGAGACUUACCUGAGGGAACAUCCGUGGCUCAGGUUUUGCCCGAGAGUGUCCUUUCUCGUGAUGCUGACGGGCUGUGGAGAUACAUCACCAGCUUCAACAAUGCCGUGCUGGAUGCAGAGCUGGCCAGCUCAGCCCUGUCCCAGACCGCUGACGCGGAUGAAAAUGGAGUUGCAGGCAUGCAGCCCGUGACGCCAGCGGCAAGAUUGGUCCAUGCCACUGUGGGGGAGGCGGUGCAGCGAGCACAGAGCUCACCAAUGGUGGAAGCCCUCCCAACGCCAACACCGUCCUGGCUUGCCGGAUAUGGCCACCAGCCACUGGCUUUGGGACUGAUAGGUGGCAUUGCCUUGGCGCCUGGCUGGGCCCAGCGGCGGCCGCGCGCGCGGAGGGCGCCGAUGGUCAAGGUCCCAUUGGCCGCAGACCCCAAGGAGGAAUCCAGCAGCGAAGAAGUUGCCCCCAAGUCCGGCGAUGCCGCCCGCGUCGCUUUAGUGGUGCAGCGCCUCAACGCUGCUGAAACCACGCUGAGGCGCUGGGGCUACGUGGCCGAGAUCGUCUACACCUGGCUUGGAUUGAUCUCACUUUCCGUUGCAAGCUUUGCUGCUUAUUCCCAAGGAGGCCUUCGAGCGUUUCAGAGCUCCAUGGGCCUCGGGCUGACGUCAGUGGGCCUCUCCGUUGUUUGCUCCCUGAUCGGCUGGUUCCAGGCCCGCAGCUGCAGGACCUUAGGGCGCCGCUGCGGCUUGGCGGCGGGAUCUUUGGAGCCGAAUGGGCCCGUGCCACCUGCAGCCCAAAUGGCUGCAACGUUGCCCUCGCUGGUUGCUAUUGAGACGACGCUGCGAGCACGCCAGCGGACGGCAUGGCUGGGUGCCUUUUUUGCCGUGGUCGGCCUGCAGACCAUGGUGGGCCUCAUGGUGGGGAAGGUGCUGGCAACAUCUGGAGGCUUCUCACAAUCCCCAGGCAUCAACCUGGACGUCUUCACUUUGCUGGCCGUGUCAAACUCGGCACUGGGCCACGUCCUGGCCGGAGGGCUGGCUGCGCUUCAGCAAGGAUCUCUGCCACAGCCGUCCAACUCCGAUGAUCCCUUCCAGGGGUGGAGCCGAUGA